AUGGCAACCACAUUUUCAGGAAUUACGAAUAUAUUUUGGGUUAGUGGGGUUAGUAGUCAUUCAAUUAAUUCGAUUCAUGAUAAUUCAGAAUCAAAGUCAAUUAGCCAAAUCGAAAAUGAAGUUAAUGCAACAAUAUGCGAAGUACAUAAUGAUGUUGAUGUGGAUAUUAUAGAAUUUGAAUUGUCACAUAUUAAGGAUAAGAAACGUGAUAAAAUUUUUGAAGCGAUCCAUAAUAUUUUUAGCGUCGAAAUUAUUGACAAUGAAUUUUUUAUAAAAUUUGAUGGUGGAAUAAAAACCGAAAUACAUAGAAAGUUGGAAAAUUCAUUUAACCAUCAACUUCCAACUUGGUGGACUGAGAUUAAUACAGUAUGUGUGGUUAAUGGUAAUCAGUAUCGACCUGAUGUAGAUGGUAAACCACGACUUGAUCAAAGAUUUUCUCCUAUUAUUAAUUCAUGUCCACCACCAUUGUUAUGGAUUGAGGUGAUCUAUGACAGACCUAUCGAUCGUGAUAAUGCCAUAAAUAAAAUAACACGCAUUCAACCUCACUGUCCAAACACAGAAUUUGUAAUCAUCGUUCUUCCAAUUAUUGGACUUGACUUCCCCUUUUAG